AUGAGAUUCAUCCGGAAAUCCCGUGGGACGGGACUUCCGCCAGACCACCAGUUGUACGUCAAAAUUAAUGCCAACAGGGCUGCCGAUUUGGUGCCUGGCGUGGGUCACAGCAAAGAUGACACCGUUGCCGCCAUGGGGCCAUCAUCGUCUCGCAAGGCAAUCAACCCGUGCUUGGUAGCCCUGAUCAACACUGCCAAGAAGAGGACUGCCCGCAAGCUCAACACCAACCAGCCCAGUUGGAACGCUGAGAUCUCGCUUCCGUUGAACCACGGCGACUACUCCCAGACGUUGGUGUUGACGGUGUGGGACAAGCACAAGCGCUACAAGAACUACUUGGGUGAGCUUCGGGUGUGUUUGGGCGAGUUGUUCUACUCUGACGGCAAGUUCCACAGCACCACCGACUUGAAGUGGCACAAGCUCUACUCCAACAAGCAGCAGCACAGCUUCGUCACCGGCUCGCUAUUGGCGUCGUUUGAGUUGGUGGUCAAGAAAAUUAGGGCCAAGAAGUGGCGGAAGAGGGACAGGCUCAGACUAAAGGGCCCUGAAAAGCUCUGUACAAACGACAAGAACGAGCUGAAGCCCACGACGACCCCUGGCAUCGUGGUGGUCCCGCCCAGCCGCAGUGGCACGGCUGAAUUGAGCUCCCAGCUCAAUUCGAUGGAUAUUGCCGAUAUCACAGCAGUCGCCGUGGAAGCCCCAGAGUCCACCAAGAAAGUCAUUUUUGACAAGUGGCUUCGUUCUGUCAUAUACUCAAGCCCUGGUCCAGGCACAACUCCCGAUGACCAGGGAUUUUAUUCCGAUACCAACGAAGUUGCAGCUACCGCAGAUGUCUCGGAUAUCGAAUCUAUUGUGACCUCCAAGAGCGAACUGGCGCCUUCAGAGCAGCCUGAACCUGCCAAAGCUUCUCCCGAGAACAGCAAGUGGUUGGGUGUUUCUUUGGACGUGGCAGACGCAAGCUCAAUGUCAGAUGCCUCCAUGUUGUCGUCAGACGGUCCAACAGACUCCGCCGAUACCUCGAAGCCAAAGCUGAGGAAGAAGUUGACAUUGCUCAAGAAAUUAAAAAGGCAGCAGUCGGGAAAGUUCGAACUCAGUAACAGAAAGGUGUUAGGAGUAUUAUUCAUUGAAAUUAUUUCAUGCUCCGACUUGCCUCCUAUACGAAACCUCACGAGGACUUCUUUCGACAUGGACCCUUUUGUGGUUGUGACUUUUGGACGGAAAACCUUCAGGACUAGCUGGAAACGCCAUAAUCUCAAUCCCAUCUUCAACGAGAGAUUGGCUUUUGAAAUAUUAUCCCACGAGGCCAAUUUUAACAUUCAAUUCAAUGUUCUCGACAAGGAUCAUCUUUCCUAUCACGAUAAAGUGGCAGAUAUCACCUUACCAAUGAAUGACUUACUUGACAUGGUAGACGCUACCAGAGAGACUCCAGCUUCAUUCAUGCCAUUGGGGGGCGAAUCGGAUACUGAAAUGACCGAGGGACCAGAUGAGACAAGUGACUCACAGAAUUCAAGUAUUCAGAUUCUCGAGGGCGACAACAUGGUUCAACAUGUCAAGAAGAAGAAGUUUAUGAACCGUAAAAAGAUCACAUAUGCAUAUGCCGAUACUUCCAAGUUCAAAACCAUGAACUUAGCGUUGAAGCUAGAGAAUGAAAAGUUACAAGGUAAAUAUAACCCACAGUUAAAGGUUAGGGUGCGUUUCGAAACUUAUGAGGAAUUGAGGCGCAAAUUUUGGGGGCGUUUACUUGAGCAGUUCAGUCUCAAUGAUUCAGAAUCGUACGAUUAUUUUGAGUUGAUGUCUUUGUUGGAUACACUUGGCUGUGUCAACAGUGAUGAAUUAGUAGCUUCGUUCUAUGAAUCGUACCAGAAGUCCCCCUGGGGAGGUGAUUUGUUAACUCAUGAUCAAAUUAUUGACAGUUUGGAGUCACAUAUUGCGGAGGAAAAUGCUAUCAAUCUGAGUUCUAAAAUUUUCGAGAUUGAAAGGUGCCCAAUUUGUCUUCAAAAACGUUUCUCAAAGAAGCAAGAUCUUGACAUUGUAACUCACUUCGCAAUCUGUGCAUCCAAAGACUGGAGUAUUGUCAAUAAGCUCUUAGUUUCGUCAUACGUUACUCCCCAAAUUGCUACGAAAAAAUGGAUCAGUAAGUUUUUGAUCAAGUUGACUUAUGGUACCUACAAAUUGGGUGGUAACUCUGCUAAUAUCUUAGUUCAGGAUAGAACUACUGGUAUCAUCAUGGAAGAAAAGAUGGGCAUUUAUAUUAGACUUGGAAUUCGCUUAUUGUACAAUGGGUUGGACAAAGCAAAGUCAAGAAGAAUCAGAACAAUUUUGAAGAAGAUGAGUUUGAAGCAAGGCAUCAAAUUUGAUAGUCCAAGUUCGAGAAAUGACAUCGAGUCGUUUGUAAAGUUCCACAAAUUGGACAUGAGCGACUUCAAACAAGAGGAUAUCACCAAGUAUGCGACUUUCAAUGAGUUCUUCUACAGAGAAUUGAAGCAAGGAGCUAGACCGCUAGAGGGUAAAAAAGAGUACUACUCUAAAAUCAUGACCUCUCCAGCUGAUUCUCGUUGUGUAGCCUUCAGCAACAUUGACGAUGCCACUGAAUUCUGGAUCAAGGGUAAAAACUUUACCAUUGCGAAGUUAUUCAAUGGUAAUUUCAAUAAUCUCGAAAAUACAGACCUAUUCAAGCUGUCAACUUGCUCGUUGGGUAUUUUCAGAUUAGCACCUCAAGAUUACCACAGGUUUCAUUCUCCAAUAGAUGGAAAGAUUGGGAAGAUAAAAUACAUUGAUGGUGAGUACUACACAGUAAAUCCCAUGGCUAUUAGAUCCGACUUGGAUGUGUUUGGAGAGAACGUUCGGGCAAUCAUCCCAAUUGAGACAGAAGAAUUUGGUACUGUGAUCAUGAUACCUGUGGGAGCGAUGAUGGUUGGUUCGAUUGUGCUUACGAAGGAAGAAAAUCAACACGUCAAAAAGGGCGAAGAGAUGGGAUAUUUCAAGUUUGGAGGAAGCACCAUCAUCGUAUUGGUGGAAUCCAAGAAUUUCCGGUUCGAUUCUGAUUUGCUCAACAAUUCCUUGACUUCUGUGGAGACGCUUGUGAGAGUGGGACAGAGUGUAGGACACUCCAACGAUAUACCAGAAGUCACCAGAGAUAAGAUUGAUUUCGACAAGCAAUCCAACGACUUCAAGGUCAAUUUGAUUAGAGUGUUGACCGGAGGAGAUCUAAGCGAUAAGCACGAAUUGAGCAACUGGGAAAGUUCCAAUUUGAAGAUCACUGGCGGCGACCUUGAGCAGAUAGCGAAUGAGGACGAGGAACUAGGGGAGUUCGAUAGCUAUGACGAGGAAGACGAAAUUGACGAAGAAGAGGAGGAGGAGCAAGAAGCCAAACCUAACGGAAUUUAA